AUGCGAAACCAGGACAUAACCUCUUCGAAGUGCCAUAUUCUGACAUCAAAGAAGUUCCUGAUUUUGGUGGCAGUGGGUCUAAUUGGUGCAGUGUUAGUUACAAUUGCCAUCUCUGUGGGUGUUACACACAGUUGCAUUGGAAAGUUCCAGUGUCAUACAUCCUCGUCUUGUAUAUGGCACAAAGCUCGAUGUGAUGGUACUAAAGAUUGCCCUUCUGGAGAAGAUGAGCUGGGAUGUGUGCGGGUCAGUGGGAAGAGUUCAGUGGUGCAAAUAUACUCUGGUGGUACCUGGAGAACCGUGUGCUGGGAUGGAUGGAAUGCUGUGCACGGAACAGCAGCUUGUAAGCAACUCGGAUACAGCAGUUACAUCAACUCCACGGAACUUCCCAUCGCUUCCAUUGAGGAGCAACUGAAGCACAACUUUGUGGAAGUAAAUUUUAGUCAGCACAGAACCAACGGUUCCAGGAUACAAAUGGUGGUCCCACUGAGCACUGAGUGUAGUUCAGGCAAGGUGACCUCGCUAAAAUGUUUAGAGUGUGGCUCCAGGCCUCAAUACACAUCUCGGAUAGUUGGUGGGAAUGUCUCAGUGGUUGGUCAUUGGCCAUGGCAGGCAAGCCUUCACUUUGACGGACAGCAUCUAUGUGGGGGAUCCAUCAUUGCUUCCCAAUGGAUAGCGACGGCUGCACAUUGUGUCGUUGAGUUUAUAUUUCUCACCUCAUGGAAGGUCUAUGUUGGAAUUGUAGAACAGCCACUGACUGAUAGCUCAUCCUACAUUGUGGAGAAGAUCAUACAUCACAAGAAAUAUAAAGGAAGGACUUAUGAUUAUGACAUAGCACUCAUCAAACUGGCGAGGCCAUUGAUGUUUAAUGAUUGGAUUCAGCCUAUCUGCCUUCCCAAUUCAGGACAAGAGUUUGCAGAAGGUACGGCCUGCUGGAUUUCAGGAUGGGGCCUGACUGCUGAAGGAGCAGAUGAAAUUUCGGUCAGUCUAAUGGAGGCCCAGGUUCCCCUAAUAUCCAAUCACGUGUGCAGCCGCCCAGAAAUAUACUACAAGAGGAUAAGUUCCAGAAUGAUUUGUGCUGGCUAUCUUCAGGGAGGGGUCGAUUCCUGCCAGGGAGACAGCGGAGGUCCGCUCGCCUGCAAGGAGAACAGCGUUUGGAAGUUAGUCGGAAUUACAAGCUGGGGAGCGGGCUGCGCAAAUCAGAACAAACCUGGAGUCUAUGCUCGGGUCACCGAAUACCUAGACUGGAUCCACAAACAAAUGGAGAGGGAAGAGUCAAAUGGCUGA